AUGGCUUCCAAUAACCUGUUGACUCCUGUCUACUUCUUCUCUCAUGGCUCGACAAUGAUGCUAGGGGAAGAGUCUUCGUCUGCUCAGUACUGGAAACAAUGUGGUGAUGAAGCGCUGGCUCACAAUAUCAAAGGCGUUAUUAUCAUGGGCGCACAUUGGGCCGCCCUCAACGACGUCGUUCAGGUAGCCACAAACCCCAAGCCUGAUAAAUCUCCAGUGGCAUACGUCCAUCCUUCCAAAUAUGCCAACUACAAGCUCAAUCCAGACAUGCGGACCGGCAACCGAUGCAUCGACAUGCUCCGUGCCGCUGGGUUCGAAGCCGAGGGCAACCCUGGCUUCAACUGGAUUCACGACACAUACUUGAUCCUCAUCCGGAUGUUCCCUAACGGUUGUCCGCCCACCACAAUUAUCAGCAUGAACGCGCGCUACGACCCACACUAUCAUGUAGCUCUGGGCGCUGCUCUUCGCCCGCUUCGAAAGGAGGGAUACCUACUGAUCGGUUCCGGUGGCGCCGUGCACAACCUCUACCGUAACGUAUGGGGUCCCAUGCUCGCAUACCGCGACAAUUUUGCCCAGCAGACUCCGCCCGAGGAUUGGGCUCUAGAGUUUCGACAGAGCUUCCAAGACGCAGUUGAGAGUAAUUCGGGACCCCGGUUGCGAAGAGCCGUCACAAGGCUCAUGAAGCAUCCACAAUACCGCGAUGCACAUGCCACCGACGAUCACUUCAUGAGCGCCAUGUUCGUCGCCGGUGCCGUAGGUGACGACGAAGACGAGGGCACGUACGGCCAGUUGAAAGCUGAGACGUGGGAGCUGACCAACAUGUGCAAUUCACAAUACGCAUUUGGCUCCUGGGCCACUGCGGCUGCUUAG